AUGGGGAUGACUCUGGGUGGAAGUGUUGUUGGUUUAGUCAUGGCCAUUGAAGCUCUCCGGCGACUGACGGCACCACGCUCUGACCUCGAACUUCUUCACAGGUUCUCGCGGUUGUCUUUUUUUUCUUGUAAUCUUGUGUUUCGGGUUUUGCUGGUGAACUUGGAGCUAUUAUAUGACCAUAUUUUGUCUGCCGUUCUGUUGUUUGCUCGUAUUCUGCAUCUAUUUUUAUGUGUUGGUCAUGAUGCAAAAUCAAAUGAUGACCAAACUCUUUUUCUGAUGGCCAUGAGUCUUCUUGUGGUUAGUGGAAAUGUGGUGAUCCUUGACACGGAGAGUGGGCUGCAGGUGGUAGACUUCUAGAACAUUGAAGUUUGUAUCUAUGGAUGGCUCACGGAAUAUUUCUUCCCGGUGCUAAGUCGUUAACAAAGCAUUCGAAAGUGUCAGAAUCGAAGUGUGAAUCCUGUAAUUUUCGGUGGGCAAGUCUAAAGACCAUGGAGUGCGGAAAUAUCUUCCAGCUUGUUUUCAUACAAUGGCAAGGAACUAAGAGAACGUAGACGCUUUGUGCAGAAGGAGACUGAUGAAUUUAAAUAAUGGAUUCCGAAAAGGUUAGCAUUAGGUACAACAACAGAAACAAUAAAUUUGCUAUUGCAUUUGGAAAAGCUUGCACUGGUAUUUCUAGAAUUACUUGCGCCAUAGGAUUACUUGUGUCUUUUACUCAACGAUUAAAUACUUGAAGGAACAUCCAACUUUUUGGGAUUCUCUGCCAAUCAGAACCAGUCAUAGGCCUUGGCAAGGAAAAUCUCCUGCGAUGUUAAUCUGUACUUUUAUCAAAGUAGUCCAAGAAAAUUAUUAACGCACAUUAAUAUGAUUUAGUGUGCUGAAA